AAUAUCGUAAGGAUCAUCACUGACUCUUCACUGACUUGAAUAUGGUAAAAACAAGAAAAUUACUACCACAUGAUGAAAAUGAAGAGAAAAAAACUUUUCAGGAUAUUCGUUUGAAAAUUUAGUUUUAUAGAAUAAACUAUUUAAAUUUGGGGGGACAAUGUGUUUACGCACCACCCUACCCCUGUGCCAUCGCGGGUCGAGCCUGGAGAAUAGAUACCAGUCUCUCUUCAAAAGGUGACACAGUCUCUGGUUUGGUUCAUGGUGAAAGUCAGGGUACAUUAAAUGUCAUUUUCCGGAGGAUGCAUCAAGAUGAUGGAGCCAAAAGUUCCAUCAAGAUGUUCGCCAAUAUAUUUAUUUCGUUUAUCGGCGCUGGGAUUUUGGGAAUGCCUCAUGCUUUCAAGGAGGCUGGAGUUAUCGAGGGCAGUGCAAUCAUGGCAUUAAUUGGUACAUUAAGUGUCAAAGCCAUGUUACUGAUUAUUGACUGCAAGAAAAAAAUAACAUGGAAGAAACUUGACCACAUCAACGGUUCUGUCCUGUCAAGUGAUGGAAAGAUUGCUUCAGAGGAGAAGGAGUUGCUGAAGGUGGCUGAAAAUGGAGAAGUGGAUAAAGUAAUGGAUGAAGUAGUGGAUGAAUUACUAUUGCAGAAUCCACAUCAUGAGAUUGAUUAUGGAGAUCUGGGUUAUUAUGCUCUUGGAAAUUCUGGUAGAGCCCUAGUUGAUACAAGCAUUGUCAUUUCUCAAAUAGGUUUUUCAUGUGCAUAUUUGAUUUUCAUCUCUGAUACUCUAAACAACAUGUUCCCAGUUUUGAGCAGACACCAAUUCCUAAUGAGUUUAUUGCCACCACUUGCUGUUCUUGUGAACUUCAGACAUCUGAAGAAAUUAGCUAUAUUCAGUCUUUUUGCAGAUUUUGCAAAUGUGUUUGCCUAUUGUGUGGUCUUUUGGUUUGACUUUGCACACUUUGAUAAAGUCAAAAUUCACCCUCAAGUUGCUAGAAUAAGUGGUCUGCCAUUUUUCUUGGGUGUUGCAAUAUACUGUUACGAGGGUGCUGGACUAAUAUUGUCACUGGAGGCAUCCUGUGCUAGAGAUUCAAGAGAUAAAUUUAGAAAUGUAUUCAAGUUGACGCUUUUUCUAGUCACAACACUGUACAUUGCAUUUGGUGCCUGUGGUUAUUUGUCCUUUGGAGAAAACACAGAGCAAAUGAUAACAUUAAAUUUACCUAGUGGUCCUUUUCCUGCUGUAGUUCAAUUCUGUCUUUGUUUUUCAUUAUUUUUCACUUACCCAAUCAUGAUGUUUCCAGUUGUAUUAUUAUUAGAGAAGAAACUUCUUCCCGAUGGAGGAAAAAGUAGUUAUUACCAAGGGUGUAUUUUGCGAGGCUGUGUUGUUGUACUAUCAGGCAUUGUCGUGCUUGUCAUUCCAAACUUCUCUACUCUCAUGGCAUUUUUUGGAUCCAGUUGCUGUACACUGCUGGGGUUUGUUUUGCCAGGAAUCUUUCACCUUCGAAUAUUUGAAGGGCAUCUCACAAAAUGUGAAUGGUUUAUUGACAUAGUAAUCAUAUUUCUUGGAUUAGUUGGGGCUGUUAUAGGAACAAGAGAUGCUCUCCUAAGGCUUUUGGCAGGUUCAUGACUCUCAAGUACUCCAGUUGAGGCAUAUGAUAGAUUUUUUACUGACUGUUCAAAUUAUUUAUUUAAUAUAAUUACAUGUAAAUGAAAAAUGUUUUCUGUACAAAAAAGGGCCAGUUGUUCAAUGUGUAGCAUACCUCUUUGGGUUGGUGAUCGUCCUGUAAUCUCUGAGCCACAAGUAUUAACUAGUCUGUCCACUGACAUUUAACAAAUUGACGUCAGUUUUUCAUGCGUCUGUCGUGUUAUUGAUCAUGAAUUUCAUCAUAACAAAGUAGCUGGGGAUCCACAAGGCGACAGCCAAGUGAAUCCGCAGACUACCGUGACAAUGUUAUGACAAAAUCCAUUGUCAAUAACAGGACAGACGCAUGAAAAACUGACGUCAAUUUAGUUUUUUACGAUAACAAAUUGUCAAAAUGCCCGUUCUUGCUCUUUGACGCAGCGCAUUAAUUAUAAAUUCAUGUGUCUGUCCACUUAUUGACAAUGAAAAUUAGCCAAUGAGAGUGCGAGACUUUGUGCAGUUAUCGUAAGAUAAUUUUUUGCUGUGAGGAUAUUUUUCAUUGAGAGCACAAGCGAUGGCAGCCCACAAGAUCCUCAUGGUGACCCCCUUGUGUUCAAGCUUUGUCAAAUCCUGUGCAGUAAAUAAUACUUUUGCUUGCGCUCUCGUCAAACACCAGACAAAAUAGAGGGUCUGUGGAUAGGCUACAUCUGCAUAAAAGGCUAUUUAGCGUGGAUAACACUUAAUUCACCAGUUAAAUCGUUAUUCCACUCGCAAAAAGUUUGAAUAAAACCGGAUAGUGCUUUAUCCAGAGGAUUACUUUAUCAAUCCUUGGAACUGUUGGGGCCAGAGUUGAACAUGUGAUGAAAUUGAAAGACUAAAUUUUUACUCAACAAAGAAGACAGGGCAUUUUUUCUUCUGGGGUAGCUUUUACUUGUAAUAAGAGCGAGGUAGUCAGUGAAGAUUGCCCUAUACUAACAGCACAAAUUUGACAGAGAAUGGACAAGCCACACAUUUUAAUUUUGUCA